AUGCUGGACUUGAGGAUUUACAUUUCUCUGAUGUUUUUCGUCGACGCUUACAUGGCCUUUCCGAGGACGUACGAAGGUAGUUUGGUUUCAUGGAAAUCAACCGGCACAUCGGUCUUCGACUUUAACAUUCGUCUUUUAGGGCGUGAACGCAAGGCCAAUGGAUCACUUACUCUUAAGGAAGAUAUUGACGAUAAGCACUUUACCAUGGAGGCCGUAUCUUUCGUCGAUUCGAAUGGUAGUGGAAACUACAAGCGUAUGGCCAUUUCACUGGCCAAGAAACCAAUGUGCGAGGCAAUAAAGACGUAUUGGGACUACUUCGAAGGAACUUUAAAGUAUGGAGUGACUACGAAUUGUCCGUUCGUUAAUCGCACUUGCCCUCUACCGAAGGGACAUUAUUAUAUAAAAGACAUGUCUAUCAACACAGACGACUGGCCGGCUGUAAUGCCUCGAGGGUAUCUAAAGGGUAUUAUAACCUUCAAGAAGGAUUCAAAAGUUGUCAGUGAACAAGAACUAGUAGUGCAUGUUAUGGAUCGACCAUUUUAG